AUGAAAAAAGGGUAGGCCUUGAAAUCAGAUUGUGACAUGUUUCAAAAUGGCGUCCGCUAAAGUGGCGACGGUAACCUCGGUUCUACGACUCAUGACCCAAUCGCACAAGAAGCAUUCGGAUUCCAAGGCACGAUACAAGGCACAACAGUUGAAGCAGAGUACGGCGAUCUUCAUGGAUGCAACCAUCCGCUCGACCAACAUCCAAGGAAAACGAUCGUUGAAGAUCCUGCAUCACAUUGUCAAACACACGGACCGGCAGACCUUGCAAUACAUCCCGGAAAAGCAAAUGAUUUUGGAGUGCUCCCUAGUACUGGUCCAGACGUACGUAGCCCAUUUGAAGCUUCAACGUAGUUUCCUCGAUCGAUUUCGCAAGCAACCGUUCGCCAGCGCAAAGAAAUGCUUCCAAUCCCUCAUCUACCUGUUGAUUCCGGAAUUGCAGGACAUGGUGAUCGAUACCAUCCUCAACUUCCUGCAACGCGAAAACCUAUGGAAGGUGGAAUUCAUCUGCGUCGAAAUUUUAACCAUGGUCCUGCAGUGCAAAAGCCCGGCCUCGCUGCUACUCUGCAAGAUUGUCAACUACGUUGAAAGUCUACUGACAAAGAACGACGUCAUGCAAGCCCGUCACACAGUGAUCGUUCUGCAGAACAUCAUUCAACCUCAGUACUGGGACGAAAUCAAGUACUCCGACGUGUCUAAGCUACUUCGCUUCUAUCACAGCAGUGCAGUUAUCGGAGAAUCGAAGAACCAAAUCUACGAGCUACGAAGAGGGUUCGAGAUAUGCCUACGGAAUCUGAUCAAGGUCAUGCGAACCGAUCAGCUGAUCAAUUUGCUAGCCACCAUGUUACCACUGACAUUCGAUACGACACUUUCCGACGAAGCCAUGCUUGAAUUUGGCACCACGGUGGAGUUCGCUGCUUCAAGUCUAGCUCUUGACGAGACGCCUUCCCAGGAAGAGAUCCUCAUUCAACAGUACCUACUGUCCUACAUUCGCUCGGAAACGCCAUCCAAAAGCAUCCAAGCCAGUCGAAUCUUUGCUAAAAUGCUGGAUCGUGGGCGAAACUUUCUUGAGUUCAGUACUCCUCAAAUUUUCCAUGAAGGAACCUACUAUGACAUAGACAUCAACAAGUACAAUCCAGUUCGGCGGCAGUUGUUUGAAACGCACAGGAGGGAGUUCGAAGACGCCCUGACAACUGCCAUCGAGUACCACAGCAAGCACCGAACCAACCUGGAAGUGUUCUACAACAUCCUCUGCAUGGUCCUGGUGGAGAUCCCUUGCGGAUACACCGCGUGCGCUGUAGUCUGUCUGCUACUGGGAGUUCAACGACGUCUACUGGAGUCUCCGAACGGUGGCGAUCGCUACAGUCAACAGCAAAUCAACCGCAUCCACGCGACCAUCAUCAGCAUCAUGACCUUGAUCAAUUGGAUCCAUCGGGGUCCUUCGCUCACGGCCUACAUAAAUACGAUUCUCAAUCGACGAUUCGACCACGCUCCGCAUCUGAAUCCCCCGUUGAAGGAAAUCUAUGAAUACGCUCAGCAUCACAUCACAUGGAACGAGGGUACGCUAUUGUUCGACUCCCUGGAACUACGCUAUGGAUUGUGGAAGUGUUUCCGGAUCAACGAACCGAAGAUCCCCGCGCCACAGAUGAUCUACUCCCGAUUGGGUGUGCCCACAGGCGGUAAAAGAACGGCCAGACGCCAGAAAACUGGAUUCUACAAAAUUGGCCUCUACGAGAAUACGGCAUAGGUGCCGGCA